AUGGAGAAGUCCAUUUACGUUACUGCGUACAAUGCUUUCCCAGCAACUGAUUCUCGAAUAAGAAUUUUUAAAAAUGCCAAUCCAAAUCUUCCAAAUCUUUGGUCUUAUUUUCACGUAACUACAAACGAUGGGUCAAAAAAUAUCGACACGCCUGUGUCAUUGCUAAAUGUCCAAGUUGAAGCGAAUGUUGUUGAUAUCGAAGUGAAAGAAUACAGAGAAGCAGUCUCGCAAGGAAAAGGCGCAUAUCUUCUUGAGGAAAAUCUUCCUGAUGUUUUUCAAUGCUCUCUUGUCAGAAAAAAUCCGUUUCGUCUUACCAACUGUUGUUUCGCCUCGAUACUCACCUGGAGAUUUUCCGAAGAUGUGACAAAUGGAAAAAUAGUGACCGCAGCUAAUCCAAGUUACGCUAGUACUGAAAUUGCGAAAUAUACUUUAGGACUUUCAAUCACAUUUAGAAUGACGGAUACAAUUACAAGUAUAGAGUCGCCUUCUCAUUUGAUUUCUACCGAGUUAAAUAUUAAUGGCGAUGCUAAAGUCUCGAGAACUAGUUUGGCUGAGGAAAUUACUUACUUAGAAAGAGACUUUAUUUUAGUGGUUGAAAGUAAUGGAUUGGAUGAAUCAAGAGCAUUUAUUGAGCACAAUCCAAAGACAGAAACAAAUGCUGUUAUGUUAACUUUGGUCCCAAAUUUUCACAAAGUGUCAGGUUCAAUGUCUGGUCGUAGGGCAUCACAAGCUCUUCAAUUGAUUCUUCGUUCACUUCCGAAAAUUGUCCUUUCAAUAUCGUUUCUUUUGGGAGCAUAUUUAAUUCCUUGUUUAAAGAAAGUAAAUAAAAGCUUUCUCGAAUGGGUAGUUAAGACUGCUCGUAGUGAUAUGCCGACCUCUGUUUUCUUAUUAACGGAUGGUAAAGUACGGAACGUUGACGAAAUAGUCCAACUGAUUCAGAAAACUGCCAACAAUCCAAAGAAAACUUUCCGACUCUUCUCUCUAGGGAUUGGAUCUAGUGUCUCGCAUCAUUUAAUCGAGUCAAUUGCUCGAGCUGGGAAAGGCUAUUCAGAAUUUGUCACUGAUGAAGAACGUAUGGAUAGAAAAGUUAUCGGGAUGGUUAAGAAUGCAAUUAAAAACGCAUUAACUGAUUACAAAGUAGAAUGGAUUGACGAGACGCCAACAGAUAGCAAGAAAAGAUUAUCGAUUAGUUCAUUUCCUUUGGAUUCGUCGAAAAAAAAUGAAACCAAAUUUUGUCAAGCUCCCAAUUCUAUUCCCGCCAUAUAUUCGGGCGUGCGUGUGGUAGUUUACGCGAUUCUGGCGAAAGGCGUUGAGCCUAAAAAAAUUAUAAAUCUUUCAGCACAAUCCCUGGAUAGUCCGAUUAAACUUGAUGUUAAAGUAGAUCCAGUAACUCUUCAGGGAUCGCAAAUACAUACUUUGGCUGCUCGGAAAUUAAUUCGGGAUUUGGAAGAAGGCACAUCCAAUCUGCAUGCGGAUUCUACCGAAAAAGAUAAAGUUUCCGACGACCUUGCCUUGUCAAAGAACAAAUUAUUCGUAUUACUUUCAGUCUUGCGUCAAGACAUACCAGCAAUUAACGAGAAAACUAACUCGGAAAUCGCUAGAAGUGAGACACUUAAACAAAAAGGAGAAGUUCCAGGACAAUUAAAAUAUCAUACUUCUAGUGCUCCAAUGCACAUUCAGGGAGUUUCUUACGCUCACGCUCACACACCAACUAUCAAAACAUUAUACGAAUUUCUAAAACUAAAUCAUUCGAUGGAAACUGUGGCGAUUGCUUAUUUGGAAAUUGUGAUGAAGGAAUUUAAAGAAGAAUGGGAAUUUUGUUAUGAAAAGGCAGAACGCGUAUUAACUAAUUUAAUCGAGAAAAAGGAUAAAAGUAAGAAAGUUGAGAAUAUUGUAGCGGAAACUCAUGAAUGGGUCCAAAGUGGUUUACAAGUAAAUGAAACGGCUCAAUAG